AUGAACAGACUUCAAACUGAUCCUAACAUAGAACAGUGUCCGGAUUUCACCUCAGCGGGUCUUCAGGCUAGCCGCGCCCCUCUCUUAAGUCCUGUAAUCGAUGACGCCCAAGCGGUGGUCAUGUUACAAACCAUCUGGGUCGCUACCAAUGCUACCCUGAAAGCUCAAUGGCAACAACAACUCGACGCUGACGUGUUAGAGGCUGAGGAACAACAACGUAUCCUAGUGGAAGAAGAAGCACAGCAACUCGCCAUACAAAAGGCGCAAGAUGUUGUCACUGCCGAAGAAGAUCGGAAGAAGAACAGAGUUCAUCAUAUUCCUAUUCCGAAUCGACCUUGUCCAAAUCGAGCCGCUGAAUCUGUUCUGAUUCCUGAUUUCGCUCUUCGAAAACUUGAUAAGGCACAAUACAUCGAAUUAUACUACUGGACUAACCAUGGUCUCACUGAUGCGAGGCUCAAUUCUCGGACCAUGGAUGACGACAGUAUGGUACCCACCGUCGGUCCUGAGGGUGCCACUACUUGGACUGUUGCCAGCGCGGCUCGUCCUGCUACUGGGGUCAUCCCAGACCACCUCCUGGCUCCCUUAGAUUUCUCUAGGGCCAUCCCUCGUUUCAUUGAUUCCCUU